UUCAGUGAUUAUCGACAGGGAAAUGCUGCAAAUUCUCGAGCGGCUAGCGACCAUGUAAAAUAUAUCCGCCGAUACCUUCUCCGGCGAAUUUGUUCACUCUCCGACGAUGAAAACCCUAAUUCCGAAUGCUAUUUCAAGUCCUCAGUUCACCACCUAUAUCUCUAACUUCCCAUCACUUCCUCGUAAGAAUCGCAGUUUUCUGAACUUCUCAAUCACAAAACCUCUUCCGAGAUAUAAAAUUACGGUGUUAUGUUCGUGUUCAGCCGACUACGGUGGUUGGGACGAUCUGAGCUCCUUUGACGAUUCAGGUGAGUCGAAUCAACUCAACAGGUUAUUGAGUUCACUUGGAAUCGAUGACAAAAAGUAUGCAUUUGUGUAUCUGUUAGGUUUUGUAUGUGCUCUGGCUGUUUCUAGGGUUAGGAUAUCAUCGAUUGUUGUUUUCCCAGCUUGUUUUCUUGUUUUCGCCGUCGGAUUUUCAUUUGGGAUUGUGAAGGGGGGGGAUUUGAAUGAGGUUAUGAGUCCAUUUCGGAGUAAUGGUAGUAAGAAAAACAAGAAGAAAGGAUUUAAAGAUAAUGAAAUUAGGGUUUUGAUUGAAAAUUUGAGGAAUUUGGUGGAGUUGUUAAAUGGGUUUGAUGUAAAUAUUAGGAAUAUAAAGAAUAGUAUGAGAAAAGACGUUGAUUCUAAUAGAAUUAGUAAAAGUGAUCUAGUGAGUUACGUUGAGGGUGUAGAAUCAAUUGAACAAGCUUUUUUGCAAGCUAAAGGUAUGAUUGAAGGUUAUAUGGAUAAUAUGGUAGUUGACACCAGUGAUAUGUUGAAUGUUUCGAAUCAGAAACCAAGUGAUCAGAAGAAAGAGGUGAAGGGGCAACGGUUUGAUGUCUCAGAGUUCAUUGAUGGGUUGUGGGGAAGAUCUUUUGGGUCUAGGCCUAGUGAAGUGAAAGAUAGUAAUAUGAAUGAUUCAAGAUUUACAGAAGCUAGUGAUCAUGGUUCAGCAAACGUCAUGGAUCCUCUUGUUGAAGGCAAGACGACCAAAUCGAUUCCGAGUGAAAACAUAAACACAUAUAACGACGAUGAUGUUAGAGUUAAAGAAACAUAUGGAGGAAAAGGAGUGGGUAGAAUGGCUAAAAUGACUUUUAUGGAGAUGGAUACCGGUGCUAAACAGGUUUUUAACAGAGAUGAGUACGUCAUUAAGGAUAAUAAAAUGCGAUUUAUGAAGAACGAACGUCUCUCCUUUGACAUGAACAAUAGGAAUCCGGUUCGAACAUGGGAGCUUGUUGAUGGUUUCCUUGAUUCGGAUUUCAGUGCUAGCCUUAAGCAAAGAAGAACAGAGGAACUUUUUCAGCAAGAACAAGGCAAGUUCAAAAAAACUAAUGGAAAUAAUAUUCUGUACGAAAAUUUGGAAUCAAGGGAAAAAGAAGCUUACAAUGAUCCCCGAAAUCAGAAUGGAUUUGCUUCUUCUCCAUCUUCAGAAAUAUCCGGUGAUAUGCUUUUCAAUGAGUAUCUAACUGAGGCAAAUGCACUCCUAAAACAAGCCAGAGAGUGGUUAAGACACAGAGGAAUCGAAGAAGAUGCAGAAAAUAUGUUGUAUAGAUCGACCGAAUUGCUCUCUAAAGCUGUAGAAAUGAAGCCAAUGAGUUUAUUAGCUGUGGGCCAAUUGGGAAACACUUACCUUCUUCAUGGAGAAUUGAAACUGAAGCUCAGCCGUAAACUGAGAGCUCUACUUGCACAAAGUGACUCCAAUGUACUAGAAAGACUAGAUGAUGAGGUCUCUAACAGAGAAAAGUUUGUCGAUUAUCUUGUUAACGUUUGUGAAGAGUGUGAAGAACUCCUAGUUAAGGCUGGAAGGAAAUAUAGGUUGGCAUUAUCAAUUGAUGGGAAUGAUAUGAGAGCAUUGUACAACUGGGGUCUUGCUCUCUCCUUCAGGGCUCAAUUGAUAGCAGAUAUCGGACCUGAAGCAGCUUUUGAUGCUGACAAGGUUUACUUGGCGGCCAUUGACAAAUUCGAUGCAAUGAUGUCCAAAAGCAAUGCUCACACACCAGAUGCUCUUUUCAGAUGGGGCGUGGCAUUACAGCAAAGAUCUCGGUUACGAACAAGAAACUUUAGAGAGAAGGUUAAAUUGUUGAGCCAGGCGAAAAGGCUUUAUGAGGAUGCGCUUUUAAUGGACUCCAGCAAUCUCCAAGUAAAAGAAGCCCUAUCUACUUGUGUUUUCGAACUGAGGUACAAGAACUACUACUAGUCUUUUUUACCCAAAAAAGUCCAUUGCUUCUGCCAAAUGAAGCAAAAGGGUGCAGUUUUAUUUAUCAUAUUUGAACAUUCUUAUAGCAUUUAGAAUAAAUUCAGCACGUAGAAUGCUAAAAUACAUAGCAAUAAUAGUAUAGUAACUUUUAACUCGUGCAAUGAAAGUUAUAUAUUACUCUUGAUUUGGUCAUUUCAGUCUUGGAAAAAAACAUGACCUUUGUCAAAGUUCCAAAAAAUGUAACUCCAAAAGUUUGCUGUUGCUAAUAAAAUAAUCUUGUUACUGUUGCU